UGUUAUUGUUUUUAUUCACAGUACUGUUUCAAAAAGCCUUACUUCCACCCCUGGACAAACAAGCAAGAAAACAAACGGACAGCAGUAGAAACUCGGGUUUGUUCAGCAUAGCAUUCUCGGAGGCCUCUAAGUACAGUGGCACACAGUAGGCACUGGGUAGCUCUUCCUGAAAUGAAUGCAUUUCUGAAGGAGCUAGUAUGUUUGACCUCUGCGGAAGUUAACGGUGACAGCUACUUUUGGUUCUGAAAGUGGAUUCAGGGAGAUGAGACACAUACUUCACUUGAUGAAAGCUUCUGUGAGGAGGGUUCCAGGUCACCCCUGGAGGAGAAGGAAAUGGGGUGAAAAGGCAGAGGGAAGAAGGUCAAGGGAGGAUUGGUGUGAAAAGGUGGGGAACACCUGGUGAACCAGAGGGGCCGAGGGGACACAACACGGGGGCAUGCUGCUUCCUGUUGGGUCUGAGCAGGACAGAACUUGGCUCUUAGAAAAGACUAAGGGUGAAAAAGGUGAACACAGAGGGGGGAAAAAAAUGAAAUCCAGGCACUCAGAGGUGCCAGCGGGAGACUAGAAGUAGAACGGGGUGCUCAGAGGUUGUCCACUGGGGAGAAUGCAGACGGGCGCAGCCUGCAGGCUGGGACCAGGCAGCACAGGGCACGAGGGUCUGGGGAUGCCAAGAGGCGCCGGGUGGAGCUCAAGGGAGUGGGGUGCAGGGGCGCGGAGGGGCGGUGCAGCAGCCGGCGGGGCGGCCCCGGUGGCCGUCGCUCACUUCCGGGAGAGCCGGGCGUCCUGGCCACCGCCCGCUUGCAGCUGCCAGCCCUCCAGGGCCGCGGAGCCUGUGAGCGCGCAGGCCAGGCCACAGACCAGCGUCUGCGCAGCUCGGACCACCGCCAGCCACCAUGGGGGCGUCGGGGCGGCUGCUGCGCGCCGUGAUCAUGGGGGCCCCGGGCUCCGGCAAGGGCACCGUGUCGUCACGCAUCACCAAACACUUCGAGCUGAAGCACCUCUCCAGCGGGGACCUGCUCCGCCAGAACAUGCUGCAGGGCACAGAAAUCGGUGUGUUGGCCAAGACUUUCAUUGACCAAGGAAAGCUGAUCCCAGAUGACGUCAUGACUCGGCUGGCCCUUCACGAGCUCAAAACCCUUACCCAGUGUAGCUGGCUGUUGGAUGGAUUUCCAAGGACACUUCCACAGGCAGAAGCCCUGGAUAAAGUUUAUCAGAUAGACACAGUGAUAAAUCUCAACGUGCCCUUUGAGGUCAUUAAACAGCGCCUUACUGCUCGCUGGAUACAUCCUGCCAGUGGUCGAGUAUACAACAUUGAAUUCAACCCUCCCAAGACUGUGGGCAUUGAUGACCUGACCGGAGAACCUCUGAUUCAGCGCGAGGAUGACAAACCAGAGACAGUGAUCAAGAGACUAAAGGCCUAUGAAGCCCAGACAGAGCCGGUCCUGCAGUAUUACCAGAAGCCGACAGCCCGGCCACAUCAGGAAGUACCCACAUCUCAGCUUCAGCACACAGGCCCGUGCUACACAUCACCUUGUGAGCUGGGGUCUUCCUAUUCUUCCCAGCUACCCUACGCUGAAGGAAGCAAGGCUUGGAGAUGCUGGCUGUUUAGCAGGACUCUGGUGCUUUGCAACAGUUACUUACAGACACUUCUGGUUCUCCUUCUUCAUUUUUAUCUGCAGUGCUAGGAAUGGAGCCCAGGGCCUCUUGCGUGUUCUACCUUUGACCACAUACCCAGCCCCUGUCCUCUUUUUUUAUGGUCCAACAAAGAUCAUACCUUAUUAAAAACAUCCUUGCUAAUGGCAUCCAUGUUCCAGAGACACAUCCUCUCUCUUUGGACCAGAGCCUCUUCUUUCUGUCGCCACUCUUCUUCCCGCUGCCUCAGUUCUGACACCGCGGUCUGUGCUUUGGCGUGUUCCUGAUCCAAGGACUCAGAGUUAUGCAGUGCUAAGCUGCCAAGUUUCUGCUGGGCUUCAGCAAGAUUCCAUUUACAUGCAACAGAGCUCUUCACAAAUUCUUUCUGCUUUUGGCAAGCCAGCUCAAUCCCGUGGCUAUACAUCUAAAUAAGAAGUAACAACUGUAUUAGUAAGGAAUGAAGGCAGCAGCAAUGACACAGCUCACUGUUUUCCAUCAAAGGGUCUCUGUAGGACGUUUUGGUACAAGGCAUAGCUGUAUUCUUUGUCUACAAUUGCAGUUUACAUCCAUCAAUUCAACUCUGAGCUUCUUUGUUCAUCGAUGCCUCUCCUUGACAACUAACACUACAAAGGCUGGCAAUUGCCAGUGAUUCGCACAGAGAUGACGGACAACAACAAACAUCAGCUGUGUGGGCUCCAGAAUCCUUCCUUCCCCAGGAGGAGGAAAGCAAAGCCACGUCCAGUGCAUCAGUCAUGGCUCCUCAUCCUGAAAACCAGAGCUCUGACCUGUAGAUCUUGCAGUGACCAGUCUUCACUUCAAAGAACCCAUUUAAUGGCUCCUAGUUUCUUUGUGUCAUCACAAUCUGUGACGAUGAGAGAGUUCUUAAUAAAAAAUGCUACUUAAAUGAUUAUGUCACACAGGCACACCUUACCUCAAUCCUAAUGGAAACAGUGACAGUGAAAUCGAAAAGUGCCAACUGGUGACUCUGCUCUACUCAGGAGAAAUCACUUUCAAUACUUCUGUAACUGCUCAUGUAAAUGCAAUGGGAGUUUAGUUCCUUAUAUUCCUUGUCUCAACAACAAAAGUGGAGGGCAUUUUUUAAGGAUUUCUUGGUUAAAUGUACUUCAUACUACUUACUAAGAAUCACUGUUCUUAAUCUGUUGCCAGAACUGUAUCAUUAUUAGAGCCUUUAUUCAUUUACAUCUCAACUGUAUAAAUAUAAUCAUACCUUUUGGUCUUCAUUAGCCAUUCACUACUAGAAUGAUGCUUCAAAAAGAGGGGGCAGUCAUGCUUUUUCCGAGAGUCUAUUAUUAUAAAGCACAGACCCUUUAGUUCCCGUCAGUUUUACUUACUGGCUUAUUCUUCCCACCCUCAGAACCCGAUUAUCCCUUUUCACUGAUAACACUCUGUCCUCUAUCCGAUCCCUGCCCGAUCCCAAGCCUGUUCUUAUCCACUCUCUCCAAACCCAAGGUAUACACAUUGCUAUACUGCUGUUUUUAACAUUAAUAUAUACUUAUUUUCCCUGAUUCCAAGCUUUGUAAGGAGUUAGAAUUUAGUAACAAACUGUUCUGGCACAGGGAGUAAACCUGAGUUUUCUAGCACAUUUGAGAUUUCUACUGGCUGUCUGUGGACAUUGCUCUCCUGUUUCCUUAUUUAGUAGUUAUUUGGGUUUCAAGCCCAUAUACUGCCAUGUCUCUAAACGACAAGUAAAACAUUUAUUUUUACUUCUUGAUACACUAGAAAAUGAAGAUGUUGGAGAGCUGGCUCAGUGGUUGAGCUCAUUUGUUACUCCUGAGGAGGACCUGGGCUCCAUCUCCAGCACCUAUAUGGUGACUCACAAUUGUCUGCAACUCCAGGACAUCCAACGACCUCUUUUGACCUUGGCAGGUGUCAGGAAUGCAUGGGAUGCACACACAUGCACACAAGCAAAAUUCUCAUAUACAUAAAAUAAUUAAAUUAAAAGAAAAAUUAUCAAUGCUGUUGCACACCUUUAAUUCCGGCACUUGGGAUGCAGAGGCAGGCAGAUCUCUGUCAGUUCAAGGUCAGCUUCAUCUACAGAGUGGAUAGCUGGGCUACACAGAGAAACUUUUAUGUCAAGGGGGGUGGGGGAAAUGGGGAGAAAGCCAGUAAAAGGAGAAAAAUGAAGCUGUAAAACAAUUUGUAAAAAACAAAGUUAUACCAAUAAAGGCAAUUAUUAGAAGUGGGGUGCAGGAUCUUGCCCUAAUUAUACAAAAGCAAAUAUUUCUCAAAUCAAGCCAACUACCAAAAUUAUGUAUAUUUAAAUUAUUCCCCAUAGACUAUCAUACCAUUUGGUCAUACAGUCCAACAUGGACAGAGAUGACUAAGUAUACUAUUGGGUCUUUAAGAAAAAGAAGCAACCCAGGGACGUGAACCCAUGUUAGGCACGCAUUCUCCACAGAGCUGCAUUCUGAGCCCAUAUCAAGUCUUAUUUUAUUCUGUGAUCAUAUAAAAGUUUAAAAGGCCAUAAUUUUAGUAAACAAAAACUCCGCAAAGAAACUAUGAUGGUUCAAGUCUACUGGAGCAGCUUCACAUCAAAAGCUCUCAAACAGCAGCCACACUGGAUCCCAGCACUGAGAGGGCUAAGUGGGCACAGGCCCACUCCUAACCAAGAAGCAGUGUGCAGUUGGUACCUGCUAGAAAGGGGAAAUCACUGAGUUCCAUCGCCCCCAUUCCAGGGCGGGCAGUGCCAUGCUGAGCAGUAGCUAGCCAACACAGAAUGAACUCUGUGGUGUUUUUGUGGACUUUUUGCUCCAUUUUAGCCUUUUUAAUUAUUCUAAAAUUGUAUUUAUUUAGUCUUACUAGUCUUUUGCUUGUUUAUUUUGAUUUCAUUUGGGUAGUUUGUUUUAAGAGAGGGAGAACAUAAUGUGAGAUGAGGAGAUUUGGGGAGGAUCUGGGAGGAGUUGGGAGAGUGGAAAACAAGAUGCAAAUAUAUUGUAUGAAAAUUUAAUUUAAAAAAAGAUACAAGCGGGCUGGAGAGAUGGCUCAGCAGUUAAGAACACUGACUGCUCUUCCAGAGGUCCUGAGUUGAAUUCCCAGCAACCACAUGGUGGCUCACAACCAUCUGUAAUGAGAUCUGAAGCCCUCUACUGGUCUGUCUGAAGACAGCUACAGUGUACUCAUAUAAAUAAAAUAAAUCUUUAAAAAAAUACAACCAUCUUUUUUGAAGUCCUCAAAUUCUGGCUUGCCUUUUCACACAUCAUGUUAUAUUGAGAUAGCUCUCUGUCUCUCAUAUUUGGUAAAAAUUAAGCCAGUAAUUUAAGAUGAAUUUUUAAAAUCCUGUUGAUUGAUUAAACAUUUUAUUUUUUUUUAAAUAUUCUAAUGUCCCCCCCAAUUUAAGUCCUAAAGCUAGCAAAACAUACAAGUAGGCUUGUAAUAAUUAUAUGUUCUUAGAAGUAAUGACUGUGUAAAUUUUAUCACCAUUUAAAAGCCUUCUCAUCCAAAUAAAAUGCUAUAGUAUUUCUCUGGAUAGGCAGUGCAGAAGCGUCCUGAAAAGAACACCGGACUGGGAGUCAUGAGUUCUAGUGGGGACCCUGCACUGUCUAACUAAAUGACCCUGGGAGAUCUCCUUUAGUGAAGGCAAUAGAAGCCUUCUUAAACCCCAUCACCUAAACAAAUGCACAGGUAAAAUCGUUUUAAAAUGUUGGGUUUCUUGGAUUACUUCUUCGAGUCAACCACAGUGCACUGAAAUUGAGGCAGUUUCCCCUUGCCUGUCCAAAUUGACACCAGCAACUUUUCGUUUUCUCCCUCUGCAAUACUAAGUAUACACAGAUGAUACUAGUGAUCCGUAACUAGGUGACUACUGACCCAUCAAUUCUCAUUUUGCCUUACUUUCCCUAUGACUAGUUGGCUGACCAUAGUCUGUGGUUAUGAAACAGCAUACUGUGGGUGAGCCCAAUCAACUCAGCUGACUGACUUGCGGGCAGACAAUUUAAACCAGUCAUCUUUAAGAAAAGCUAUUAUAAUAUUGGACCACAUUUUUGCAAAAACGCCUGGAAAUCAGACACCUACAAUCAAUUUCAUUGAAAAGAUUAGUGUUCAGUCUAUGCUUUUGAAAUCUGGUUCAAAACACACCCAGGUGAAAAGUCGGGAGAAGGUGAUGUUCGCAGCAUAGCACAGCACCCCUAUAAAA